AUGCGCGCCAGUCCGUCCGAUGGCCGACGAAAAUGCGCGCCAGUCCGUCAGAUGGCCGACGAAAAUGCGCGCCAGUCCGUCCGAUGGCCGACUGGUUCCGACCGUACGGUCGACCAAAUAUUUUUUCUCGAUCUUUUCAUUUUCUCCCACUCUGAAAACCUUCUAACCACGAUUUUGAGAGUUUUUAUCGUGGAAAAUCUGAAAACGGCCGGAGAAAAAUCGAAUCAGUACGGUGACAAGUGUUCUGGCCGACGAAAAUGCGCGCCAGCCCGUCCGUCAUGA